UGGAAAAAGAUUCAGUAAAUAAUGAGGUUAACUAACAGCAGGUCAGUGAGAUGAUUGGAUAUUAAAUAGUGUAUCUUAAAGAGGAAGAGUCUCUCAGAGGUAAAGAUGGGUGGAGCUUCACCAACCUGUGAAAGACGGUGUCUAAAAUCUGUGGAACAAUUUGACAAUAACGUUCCUCAACAUCAAAUUGUGAAGACUGAAUAUUUCAUCAUUUACAGAAUGUAAUAUCAUCCAAAGGUUUAUGAAAUCUGGAGAAAUCUCUGUGCACAAAGGACAAGAAAAUGAAAUAAAAUAAAAAUACAACAAGGAAGACCCAGGACAGUCGAGAAGCUUUAAUCAUACAAGAAACAGUGAAACUCCCAAAACUCCAGUAUACAAACUGCUGUUAAAAGAACAGGAGUUUCUACACAAUAGAAAACAUGGUAAUGUCCCAACUUUUUUUUUAAAUGUGUUGCAGCCAACUAAUACAAAAUGUCCUCGUUUUUCCCUUAAAAUCGCAAAUAUUCUUAGUUUUAACAUUUAAUUUGCUUUUCUGUGUUCUAGUGUGAAUAAAAUACGGGUUUAUUUACAAUAAAUUUACAACAAAUAUUUAUUAUUUACAAAUCAUUGCUUUCUGUUUUAUGUAUAUUUUACACGAUGUCCCAGGUUUUUGUGGAUAUGAGGAUGUACUUGGAAAGACACAGGACAUUUUAUAUGAUGUGAUAAAGCCAUCAUGUGUUCAUCAUAUGUUAGAAAAUGUAUUGAAAUAAUAAUUUUUAAUAGCUAAUAGUAAUGUUCUGUGAUCCUGACAGUACAGUGACACAUUUCAGCAAACUAUCCAGAUUCAUUUAUCUUUUUUUUCUUACGUUUUAUGCUAAUUAAGGGCAAAAAUCCAUUAAAUAAAUAAAUAAAAAUAUUUGAAUAUGCUAAUAGAAUCAUUGUCCUCAGUAGUGCACUAGGAGCUUUGAUGUGCACUAUCUAGUGCACUACACGUGCUCUGGUGGUGUGCUGAUGAGACGUGGACCAGCGAUCAGAUGAUGGUGUGAUGCUGCGGUCAUGUGACCAGUAAGGCGCUCUCAUUCUCCUGGAGGACGUGUGGAGGUUCUCCGGGUCUCCUGGCGCUGGUACGCAGCUCUCCUGUAUCUUCUCCCGGUGAAAUGGCGCGUUGGGCGGAGUAGCGCACGGAGAAGGUCGCCAUGUUCCCCGGGGUGGUGUACGCGCUGCUCGCGGGUUUCCUGGGCGCCGUGGCCUCGUCCUCCGCUAAACUGUCCCUGGGCACGGAUUAUCUGAAAGGCGUGUGUGAGACGGGACUGAGGACGUGGGGCGAGCGGAGGACAUUCCGACACGCCGAUGAGACCUCCGCGUGCGAGUGGCUGCACAUCCCUCUGCGUCUGCUCUGCGGUGGUCUGCUCUUCACCUGUAAUGCUGUGAUGUGGACCUUCCUCUCCAAGGCCCUUAGGUACUCCUCAUCUUCUACCCGAACCACUGUGACCACCACCGCCUCCAACUUCAUCUCCUCUGCGCUCCUCGGGCAGCUCAUCUUCGGGGACAGCCUCGUGGCUCUGUGGUGGGUCGGAGUCUCGCUCACACUCUCGGGUCUCCUGGUGCUCCAACGCUCUUCCUCCACCGACACACACUCCGAGACCUCAAAAAAGGAUGAAUGAGAUGACGUGAAGUGAGGACAUGAGUGACGUGACGAGUGACGUGACGAGCGACGUGACGUGAUGAGCGACGUGAAGUGACGAGCGACGCCGGCUUUCAGAGAUUUACAGAGCUGUGAUGGAAAAAAAACACAAGCUUUGGUUAUUAAAAUGUAUCUUCUCACCAAGCACAUAUGCAGAAAGGUUCACAUUAGCAUUGUAGCUAGUCAUUAGUCCUAACUAAAAAUGAACCAAACCUUUUGAAGAACCUCAUCACCUGACUCCGCCCCCUCGUCUCAUUACAUCUGCGCUCAGGAAUCAGGAUGCUCGGCACAUUCGAGCUCCAAAGAGGAGAACUUGGUUAAAAUGAGCAUCAUCUGUGUUCUUCUUGGAGAAGUUGAUAGUGGGCAGGACGGCCAUUUUGAUUUCUCUCAGCCUUGAUGGACGUUUUGAGAAGAACAUGGACAGGAAUUUCCUCAUGGAUUCUUGGGGUCCCUUUGUAGGAGCAGGAAAAGGUUCUGACCCGGGGCUUGAGAACAGUCACAGAUCCUUUUGGUUUUUUUUUGUUGUAAACACCUCAUGAUACCAUGACAGGAGCUUUGUGUGAAUAUUGGAUCAUACCUAAGACUUCAGUGCUGCACCUGCUGGUGUGGGGUGAUGGAGGGAUAAAGAAGCUAAAGAAAGGAAAGCAAGAAUGACGUUCUUCUUCUACAGGUUCUAGCAGGUGUUUUUUUUUCCUCCCAACUCACAUCUAAGCACAGGCUGGUUAAACAAAAGCUAAAUGUGCUACAUGCUAGUUAUCACAGUGUAGUCGCUACGUACGCUCACUAGAAACACAGAUCAUCUCUGCAACUUCA